AUGGUGCCUCCUUCAGCUGGACGUUUCCUGGCUGUGUCUCCGGGGGACUACAUAAUUGGGGGCAUUUUCCCAUUCAGUGGCCAGUUAUUUCUGAAUUACCAGUGCAACUGGAGAAACGUGCAGCAGUUCUUGAUGGUGGAGGCCAUGAGGUUUGCAGUAGACGAGAUCAACAACUCAAGCAACAUCCUGCCCAACAUCACCUUAGGUUACCAGCUGCUGGACAACUGCAGCAUGGAGGAGACCUUCCAUAGCAUUUUACACCUGCUGUCUGAUACAGAGGUUGACGUCCUGUACGUGUGGCAUGACCCGUCCAAAUACUUACCCACUGUACUUGCCAUCAUUGGACCAGGAGACAGCACUGCAGCAACUGCCAUCAUGGGGCUACCCAGUUGGUACUGGGUGCCCAUGAUUGACUUCUUUGACUCGGUCCAGAUGCUGGCCAAUAAGAGGCUCUACCCUUCAUACUUCUGCACGGUGCCCAGCACCCUGGAGCAGACCAUAGCCAUCCUGGGGUUGAUGCAGCAGUUUAGCUGGACCUGGGUUGCCUUAGUGGGUAGCAGCACAGAUUAUGGUCAGGAGUCCAUGCAGUUAUUCCUCGAGAUGAGUGCCACAUAUGGAGUGUGUGUGCCCUACUUCAGCACCAUCACCACAUCACCCCAGGACACUACGAGAAUUCUGGGCGAGAUCAUGGCUGUCAAUGUGACCGUGAUCUUUGCUGAAGACACAGUGGUGGAGUCAUUUUUUCAAGUGGCAAUGAAUCAGAGUAUUGAAGGGAAGGUCUGGGUGGCCAGCAACACUUGGUCUGUGUCAACACGGGUAGCAGCAGUUAGUGGCAUACUGAAAACUGGCACUGUGUUGGGCAUUGCAGUUAAGGAGCGGCCCAUGCCUGGUUUUGAGGAGUAUCUAAGUAAGAGGUUCCAGUCCCCCACACCGCACACAGGAUCAAACAGCCCGAUGACUAGCUGUAUAGGCCUGACAGCCAAACAGAUCCUAAGUUACACGGGCACCCGUGUGUCAUACGGGGUAUAUGCUGCUGUUCAUGCUGCCAGUGAGGCUCUAAACUUGGCUCUUGGCUGCAAACCCAACCUCUGUGAAAGGAAGAGGAUCUACCCAUGGCAGGUACUCAAUGCCAUGAAGACAAUGAACUUCUCUAUCAGUAAUAUUACUGGAGACCCCAACAGGCUGGUGGAGAGCGAAUAUGACAUCAUCACCUGGCAUGCCAAAGCACAGUUGCCUUCUGUGACCAUCGUGGGCCAUUAUAGCCGAAGUCAAGGCGUAAAGCUCAACAAGACACUGAUUGGUUGGGGUACCACAGGCCAACAGGUAGAGUGGGGCAGGAUGGGGGUACUCUGCCAUGAGAAAGUUCAAUAUGGGGCACUAACCGGGGCACCUCUGCCAUUCCAGGAGCCCUUCUCUGUCUGCAGUGAAGAGUGUGGCCUCACGGCAAGGAAGGAGAGAGGCAGCCACAUGUGCUGCUUCCAGUGCAUCCCCUGCGCACCUGGCAUGUUCGCCAAUAAAAGCAAUCCAUACACUUGCCAGUCCUGUAACGUCAAUGAGUGGUGGAAUCCAUUUGAGAAGAGGUGUCUGAGAAGGGAAGUGGAGUUCUUGAGGUGGAGUGACCCGACUGGGAUGUUGCUGGCCUGUGUCUCCUGGCUCGCGGUCAUCCUGACCUUGGGCAUCAUUGUUUUGUUCCUGUGGUACCAGGACACCCCUGUUGUCAAAGCUACUGGGGGCAGGAUGAGUCUAGUCAUGUUGGUCUGCCUGACUGUGGCCUACUUGAACAUCAGUUUGUACAUUGGGAAACCCUUCAACCUGGUCUGCUUGAUUCGCCACCCCAUCUAUGCCAUCACAUCCAGCAUUUGUUUGUCCUGCAUGGCCGUCAAGACCUUCCAGCUCGUGUGCAUCUUCAAGCUAGCCAGACGGCUACCCUCAGCCUACAAUUAUUGGGCCCAUCAUUCUGGGCCAGUAUUUACCAUAGUAGGCUUCACGGCAGUGGACAUUGUCAUUCAGGUAACCCACUCUAUCCUGACCCACCCCAAGGCUACAGCAGACACCUCAUCCUUUCCAGAUCUGAUUCUGCUAAACUGCAGCCAUUCUCUGGAUUUGCUGGAUAUCUUCUACAAGACCCUCUUGAGUCUCUUGGCUUUCCUUCUUGCCUACCUAAGUAAGGAUCUUCCCCCCAGCUACAGUGAGGUCAAGUGCAUCGCUUUCUCAGCCCUUAUUUUCCUGGUGGGCUGGGGCUUCUACCUCACAGUCCAUGCGCUGGAACUUGGCAAGAUGUCUAGUGUCCUCAAGGUUCUAAGUAUUCUGCUCAGUCUGCUUGGUAUCACUGCUGGCUACUUCCUGCCUCGCUGUUACAUCAUUCUGAUCCAACCAGAACGCAACACUGCCACCUUUUUCCAGAACAUGAUUCAUGAGUACACCAUGGGUAGCUAG